UGUUGGGCAUCAGUCGUGACGCUGACGUCUCGGCCGUCCAGCGUGCGUACCGAGCUCUAGCGAAGGAACAUCAUCCGGACAGGCAAAAGACCCCACAGGACAAAGUCCAGGCUAAAAAGACCUUUCACCUGAUCGCAACAGCCUACGGGAUCCUUCGUGAUCCAGAACAACGACAAGAGUAUGAGUACAUGCUUGACAACCCGAGCGAGAUGUACUACCACUACUAUCGCUACUUCAGGCGACGAUACUCGCCCAAAGUUGACGUUCGUGUGGUCAUUGUAGCCACCGUGCUCAUCUUAUCCGCCAUCCAGUACAUCAGUCAGAAGACCAAACACGAUCAGGCCAUCGCCUACCUGGUCCGCGACCCGAAACACCGCAACAAGGCAAGGGAACUUGCGCUUGCCGAGAACCGCUUUCGAGUUAGCAAGCAGGAAGUCGGACGCAGACUCACCAGAGACGAGCUGAAGGCGCGCGAGGAGGACAUCAUUCGUUCCAUCAUCGUCAAAACCGUGGAUCUUCGCGGUGACUGUGGUCCGCCGAGCAUUCGACACACGCUUCUACUGCAGCUGUUCUUCUUUCCAUACCACGUCGUGCGGUUUUGUUGGUGGGCUUUGCGUUGGGUUAUCCUCUUUUGGAUUCUACAACGGCCGUAUGGAAGUGAAGAACAGGAGUUUUUGACCCGGUGGAGGUUGGGUUACAGUCAGGCACGCUGGGAAGGCCUUGAUGCUGAGAAGAGAGCCCACUUCAACCAGCUAGGCCUGUGGGAUCGAGAAAAGUUUAAGGCUUACAUGCUAAAGGUGGAGGAGGAGGUUCGAAUUCGGGCGGCCGAGGAUACCAACCAGAAACGCUAUCGACGCUACAUGAAACGCAAUGGUCCGCCAGCUAUAAAUCUUGACGAUCUUUAA